UCCCAGUAAGUCAUGAUAGUGAGGAGGUGAGAAAGCAUGUACUGUAAUCCUGCAGAAAGCAUGGAAUUUGUAUCAUGAAUUGUGAUUUGACUGCAUUUUGAACAUUUGAUUGAGAGGUAACUGUUUAAAUAUCACUGAAAAUGUUGAGAAGAACCUUUGUCUAAUUUGCAAUAAUAAACCUAAGCAAAGUUUCACUGAACAGUCUGUGUAGCAUUUCUGUGGUAUUUCAUACACUGGUUAUUGGUAACAUUUGAAAGACAAUUGUUAGACAUACUUUUACAGCACCAGCAGUUGUACAGUAAUUACAUUAACACUAACAAAGCUUUUCAUAAGCUUUUGUCGCUGAGACAUAUAAACUCUUGACCAUUGGUAUCUAUGCUGGGAAGAGUACACUGAGAAUGGUAUGCAAAACUGAAUUAAUACAAAACAUAACGACAUCUCUAUGUGCACUACGUCCCAUUUUUUAUUUCUUCCCUCUGUGGUUUCACCCAGUAAUAAAGAGAUUUCGUUCAGACCUUGUGAAUUGCUGCUCCGACAAUCGUGGCACUUUGAAUACAUGCAAAAGACUUUACAAUGGGAGGCCAGUUUGCUCGAGGCAAAGAUGAGGUGACAAGGGAAAUGUUGGGUCUGAUAGGGCUGGGACAGAGGCUGUAUUUGUUCAAUAGCAGAGUUGCAGUGGUGCAUUACAGGUGAGAGAGAGACAUACAAAAAGGGAGAAGAGACUAAAAGGACCUAAAAGGUGAGAGAUGGAGCAAAAAGGAGCAGCCAAGAUUAUACUUACACCUACAAAGGGUGCCAUCAUGACUGUGCUGGCCUGUGUGCUGCUACAGGGGGCCCGAGCAGGGGUGGUGGAGGACUUCAACCAUGUGGAACGCUGUAAAGACUCACUGUACAUGGGCACUCCACCUCAAGGCUACCUCGGCAACUCCUUUGAGAAGAUCUGCCAGAGGUACGAGGACAAACCGCGUUAUGUCACCUUGUACGACCCCCGCAAACACAUUCCCAUCUAUUCUGCUUACACGUUCAAGAAGUCGGACGGGGAGAAGAAGGUGGACUUCCCUUGGAUGUUUGAGCCGCAGUUGGCCUCUGAGAAAAGCAGCAGCAACAUGGAGCCCUUCCCACAAUCCUCAAGCAUGCAUAUGAACUUUGAGGACACCCAAGCUGUCCUCGAGGACUAUGCUGAUGUCGUUCAAUAUGAGCGAGGCCAACUAAAUCCAGAUGAGCAUCAGGCGGACCCUCUAGACAAAGCCUCCACCUACAGCUUGACAAAUGUGGUACCUCAGAGCAGGGAGUUCAACUUGGGCCCCUGGUUAGGGCACCAGGAGCUAAUUCGCAAGCGCCUCAACAACUACUGUCGCGGCAAGGCCUUCGUGGUCACCGGGGUGACGACCUCCGGGCACACGAUCCGCCGAAACAACCUGGACCGGGUGGCUGUGCCAGAAUACAUGUGGUCGGCCUACUGCUGCACCGAGUUUGACCAAAAUGCACCGUUCUUUGAGCGCUACAAGUUCCCCGCAUUCGGAGCUUACGGGCUGAAUGAUCACGUCAACAACCACAUGGUGGAGGUUCCUCUCAAGAACCUGGAGAAGUUCCUCAAAGGGAGGAUGGAUGUGGACAAGAACUUCCAGAUUUUCUACAAGGACUGUGUGCCAGAUAUAUAAAAUCAAAUGGCUGCCAUGUCUCUUGAAUUUAGCAUUUGACAAUAGAAAGGUUUGUUGUUCUUGAGGCUCAAUAACAUAUUGUGAGCAAUAAAGGAGAAUUUGUAAAAUCGACAGGUCUAAAUGUCCCUGAUUAUUUUCAUUACUUUUUAUUUUAUUAAUUUAUUUUUCACAUACAAAAUGCAGGUUUUGCUGAAAAUGAAAAAGAUGCUCAAAUGAAAAAGAUAAUGUGCCACAAAUCCUCAUAUUUGUGAAGCUGGAACCAUUGAAUCUUUUUUUAUUUUUGCGAUUAAUUGAUGGUCAAAAGUAAAAUUAUUCUUCCAAUAAAAUCCAGUGUUUAGAAUAUAGGACAAAAUGGUGAUCAGCUUGGCAGUGACACAAUAAUGGUGAAUAUA